AAAAAAAAUACCGAAAAUUGCUGUCUCAGAAAUACAAGAAAAAAGAAAAGGAGAGAAGAAGAACAUAUAGAGAGAAGAGAAAACAGAGUUCUGAUUUUCUCACAAUCAGAUUCUCUUUUUUGAUUCAUUUCGAGCCUUUUUUGAAUAAUAAAACGAACGAUCAGAGCUCAAAUCUGGAUGGAAUCUAUGGUUGCGAAACCUUGCAUCAGUUCCAGCCAUUUGUCUCCUACAAUGACAGUUCAAGAGAAGGGGAGUAGGAAUAAAAGAAAGUUCAGGGCCGAGGCACCCCUUACAGAUCCGAAGAUCGUUCCUGAACCUCUGAGAGAAGGCACAACGUAUGAAUUUACUGCCGAGAAUUUGGAUGAUGUGCGCGGCCAUUGUACUUCAAUAAAUUCAGAAUUUAGUACCGUAAAGCAUGAGAAUGCUGAGGCCUUGCAGCUUGACCUCGGGUUGUCUUGUGCAGCUGGAGUUUCUGAGUUUGGGCUACCCAAGAGGGGAGUUGAUUCUGAAGCUUGUGCUGCCCAGAAUGCUGAUUGGAAUGAUCCCAAUGAGUCUGAGUUGGAGAAGCUUGUUUAUAGUAAUUUGGAUUCAAACCUCCGAAAUGCAAUGAGGAGAAUAGUUGCAUAUGGUUAUAAUGAGGAAGUAGUUUUUACAGCUUUAUCAAAGGCUGGUCAAUGCCAUGGGAUGAAGGACAGUGUCUCAAAUCUUGUGGAUAGUACUUUAGCAUUUAUUAGAGGUGAUCAAGAGAUUCGAGCAUUGAGGGAUAUCAAUUUUGAGGAUAUUCUUGAGCUGGAGAGGUACAUGGUUGCAGAAUCUGUUUGUGUUGUUAAACAAAUGAAACCUUCUGCUAGUACUGGGGAAGCAAUGUGGUUUUUAUUAGUAUGCGACAUGAAUAUUUCUCUUGGUUGCGUGAUUGAAACUGAUCAGAUGAGUGGUAUGACUACUGAUGGAGUGCCUCAUGGGGCUUUAUCUGGCUCAACACCCGUAUCUUCAAGUCUUGAACAUAAAAUUUUAGAUCCAAGUUUGCCCGUCAAAACAAAUGGUCAAUCAAAGGCGACUGAAGUGGUUUCAAAUCCUUAUGUGCACACCUUUCAGUCUGAGGCACGAACAUCAGCUGUUUCAAACUCAAGUGCAAAUGCUGUUGCCGGUGGACUUUUUUCUGAUAAAGAUUGUCCUACUUCAUCUGUUGGUGGUAAGACUUUUAGUUUGACAGGAUCACUCCAUAAUCCAAUUUCAGAGGAAAAGUUUGUGACGUGUAGAAAAGUUUCUGGGAUGACGAAGAGAGAGUACGUAUUUCGGCAGAAGUCCCUUCAUUUGGAAAAACAUCAUCGAACAUAUUCUAAAGUAACCUCGAGAACUGGAAAACUCAAUCAUUUAGGUAGUCUAGUUUUGGAUAAGAAACUACGGCAUAUUGCAGAUUCUACAUGUCUUAGCAGGAAUACAUUGAGGGUUGGAAAUAAAAACGGAGUUGAAUUGGCACAAGACAAUGUAGAUAAUCAAAGUGUUUCAACAACCAUUCCGUUCCCUACUCUUCCAGCAUUUAGCAAGGAUAAUAAGAACGUCAUUUCUCCAUCAUCAGAACCAAAUCUCAAUUCCUCAUUGCAUCCGGUGAAGACUUCUCCUGCAUUAUUGGCUGCUGACACCGAGCUCUCUCUUUCAUUACCUAUGGAAAAUAAUUAUGCUACAAUCCCUGUCAAUAAGGUGUCAAAUACAGCUUGUAAUGUUCAACAAGAAGACAACUCCGAUCCAAACAAGCUCCUAGAGGACAAAAAAGAAGAAAUGAUUCAAAAGCUUCUAUCCAAGGAAUGCGAAUUACAAAAUCAGCUCCAAGAGUGGACAGAGUGGGCCAAUCAGAAAGUUAUGCAGGCUGCUCGUAGGCUCGGCAAGGAUAAAGCAGAGCUUAAGGCACUGAGACAAGAAAAAGAAGAAGUGGAGCGGCUCAAGAAAGAAAAACAAACACUAGAGGAAAAUACAAUGAAAAAGUUGUCUGAAAUGGAAAAUGCAUUGUGUAAAGCAAGUGGUCAAGUGGAGAGAGCAAAUGCUGCUGUCCGUAGACUAGAAGUAGAAAAUUCUGUUCUGCGGCAAGAGAUGGGAAUUGCAAAGUCUCGUGCAGCUGCUUCAGCAGCUAAUUUAGAGGAUGUUUUGAAAAGGGAGAAGGCGAAUAUGAUGAAGGUUCAGUCGCAAGAAAAGCAAAAGUUGAUAUUAUCAGAGGAAUUGGCGGUUGAAAAACAUAAGAUUGUUGAUCUCAAGCAAAUAUUAGAGCAAGCAGAAGAUCUGAGGAAUCAACUUGAGGUAUAAUCACACAAACCUUUUUCUAUAUUCUUUCAAUGCACAUUUUUGCCUUGCAAUUUGCUUAUACUCUUGCAUCCCGAUUGUAUCAGUCCCCAUCUUUCAUAUUUGUGACAUAUUGGAUUGUCUUUGUUGUCAGAGGCAGUUCGACCACUUUGUGGACAUUCCUUUUGCUGUUAUUGAACUGAACAUGCCAAAUUUUCAUAAGUUACUUACAGAAAGCUUGUUUAAUGCAUGCCAUUGUUUAUUUUGUUUAAACUUAAGUCGUACUGUUAGACUUUUGUUCUUUGAAUCAAAAAGAAAUUUUCUAGAUCUAUCUGACAUAUGGACAUAACUCUCCUCAUUGACCAAAUGAUUGGGAGAUUAAUGGUGUCUUUCAGGGAAGCUCAGCUGCUAACAUUAAUUCUUUUUUCACUUUUCAAGUUAUAUAUUGGAUAUCUGACAUUAAUGACUGCCCUUGAUAGCUCCUAGUUCUGAGAGUAAGGUUUUUGGGAAAAUUAAGAUUUGAUCUGCAAUGUAGAGAUUCUCAGGUUACUACAGUACCACCGGGAACUUAUGCAUGAUCUUUUUAUGUGCAUGUCAUCAUGUAGAAGCCCCAUGGUAUCUAAUACGGGAUGUUAGGAUUUGGGUUGAGGCGCGUGCCACCUGUUUCUUAGUCGAUGUUAGGAUUUGGGUUGAGGCGUGUGCCACCUGUUUCUUAGUCCUUGAGCAGAUACAAAACCUGUCAGCAUUCUGUAGAAAUCUUGGUUUUGAAUGCUAUUCAUUGUUUCUGGUUCUUCAUCACAUUUGCUAUAAUGAGAUUGUUGCGAACUGCCUAUGUCGAUGAAAUUCAGGCUGAUACUGAUGCUUCUGAAUCAUGUGUCUCAGCUCUGAAGAAGUUUAUGUUGUUAGUACUGCCAGUUUUUCGAUAUACACAUGUAACAUCGAGGUUUGAUCUCAGUAACUCUGGUAUAUUGAGAGUAUAAAGGUAUUUUUGGUAAUUAUUAUCACUAUCAGUGUUCAUUUCUCACUCUCUAAGACUGGAAAAUUUUCAUUGCACCUUGAAGCAUUUGAUGCUGUUGACUUUCCUUGAACUUCUGUGACCUUUUUGCUAAAAUGCAAAUUUAUGUUUGAGAGGAAAGAAUCACUGCUGUUUCAAAUUGCUUUUCGUGGUUCCUACUGCACUUCCUCAUUUGCAAGUGAAAUGGCAGGCAAGAUGGAAUCAGGAGAUGAAGGCGAAGGAGGAGCUUAUAUCACAAGCCAGUGCAUUAAAGAAAGAAAGAGAACAAAUUGAAUCUACACUGAAAUCACGUGAAGGCACAAUGAAACUGAAAGGAGAGAACAAUUUGAACAAGCACAAAGAUGAUAUCAAGAAGCUCGAAAUGGAAAUCUCGAAGUUAAGAUUGAAGAUGGAUUCCACCAAGAUUGCUGCACUCAAAAGAGGCAUAGAUACAAGUUACGCAAGCCGACUGUCAGAGUCCAAAAGCUUCCCAACACCCCAGAAAUCUCACACUAUAUGCAUUUCUAAGUCAAUAAGUGAUUUGGAUUACUACUCUGGAAUUGGAUCCGUGAAACGGGAAAGGGAAUGUGUGAUGUGCCUGUCAGAGGAGAUGGCUGUAGUUUUCUUGCCAUGUGCCCAUCAGGUUGUAUGUACAACUUGCAAUGAGCUCCAUGAGAAGCAGGGAAUGGAGGAUUGUCCUUCCUGCAGGAGCCCUAUCCAGCGGCGUAUUCCUGUACGUUAUGCUCGUGCUUGACCUAGUUUUCCGAGCAUCUGAAGAGCUUUUUUUUUUUUUCCCCCCAAUUUACACAGGUCAUGAGACUUACGUUAAUAGUUACCUUUGAGUGUGCAUUUCAUGAUUGCUCUAAAGAAAAAUGGCGUGUUUACUGCAGGGCUGUAAAUGAUGGUUACCCUUUACAUAUAUACGAUGAAAUGAAAUAAAGAACUUGCUUCUCUGGGCUUUCACAUUUCAUGUGCGUUCUUUUUCUGCUUUUCUGUUUGUAGAUAGGUAUCAGAUUUGGCUUUGCUGCUUCCCCAUGAAAUUUGGGCAUCAAACUUUUAAAUGAUGCUUGUUAGAAGCAGAACUAUCUGAAGUUUUUAGCCUCCUUUUAUGUGAAUUUCUGAACCAAAGAGUGGAUGGAAGUGUGAAUAUUGAAUUAAGGAUUCAAUUUUGCGGCU